UUCGCGCACCGCCGGUUGCAUUUGCCUUGCAUCGUAUUCCCGGUCACAGAAGUCAAGCGGAGGCCAGCUCAUGACCAGGAUAUAUAUACGUAUGAACUCAAGUCAGACGGGCUUCACAACUUGCACGUCACCACAGAAGACAAGUUCGCCCCUUUCUCACCGGCAAGGCCGCUGCCCACCUGGCAGACGAUAUUGCUCGUUCGUCCGUGGAGUCGCCAUCUCCUCGGGCUGCAUGACACUGCGGACGAUACGCAGAGCGUGGACAACUGGCCUAUCCCCGAAUCUUCGUUGUACGAUCCACCCGCUGCACAAACUGGGCUGAUUACAGCAGUUUGCAUAACUAAUGGCGCAACCACAUAAGUCACAACAUAUAACAACUCUUGAAAGACUUGGAAAAUUUCGAGUGACGGAGUAGUAACACAGGCAAACACAUCAAGUCUAGAACACAACUAUGGAUAAUAGAAAGAUUUCACCUGACCUCAAGCUCGCUGCCAUCCGCCUUCACGAGCGGGGAAUUCUCACCACUCGCGAAAUACUUGAUUGUGUUGGUUUUUCGAGACGGACCUUCCUUCGAAUCUGCAAGCUCUAUCGUGAAACGGGUGACGUCGUCAAGCUAUGUAGUGAAUACAUCGGCCGGCCGAGGGCUUUGAACCUUGAAGAUGUUGCAUACCUUACGGAGCUCAUUGCGCAUCGUCCCGAUUGGUUUCUCGACGAACUAGUUGGCCUCGUGCAACGAAACCGCUUCAUAUCACUCCACUACACAACAAUUCAUCGUGAACUUUGUCGUGCCGGUAUCUCACUCAAAAAGCUUCGCAAAGUUGCCAAGGAACGUAACGAGGAUGUCCGGGCUGACUUCAUGCGAAGGAUGGCACAUGAGUUCAAUGGUAUCAUCAUCAUCAGAGCUGUCAAUGAACUCGGCACUCUUGUACUGAAUUUUGCGUGUGCCCAUGAUGCAUGACAUGGAACACCGAAUACUGAGCACUGAGCAAUGGAUCGGCGAUCGCACAACAACUUGUCAACAAGUCAAAUCAAGCCAAAAUCGAGCUGAAUUUUCUAAGUCCAUUAUCUUGAUAAAUUGCGACUCGCGAGCGUUGCGGUUGAUUAUUCACCUUGGACAGCCCUUUGGUGCGUUUUUGCUAGCGCGACAGCGUGAAGGAGAAUAUAAGAGGAUCGCAUCGAAUGAUGAUAUCAUUGCACAGGUUAAAGACAUUAGCUACUUAAUGAACAUCAAGACACUAGAGGUACUGUAGCUGCAUCAGCACAUUACUUAAUUUUGUAUCAAGUCAUGUAAUUUCAGU